AUGGAUCUACACAAUGUCACAAGCACCGUGGAAUUCCUCCUCCUGGGCCUCUCAGAUGAUCCCCAAGUCCAGCCCGUCCUUUUCGGUCUCUUCCUGUCCAUGUACCUGGUCACCAUCACCGGGAACCUGCUCAUCAUCCUGGCCGUCUGCUCAAGCUCCCACCUCCACACGCCCAUGUACUUCUUCCUCUCCAUCUUGUCCACGGCUGACAUUGGCUUUACUUCCACCACAGUGCCAAAGAUGGUUUGGAACAUUCACACUCAGAGCAGAACCAUCUCCCAUGCAGGCUGCCUGGUACAGUUGUCUUUUUCUAAUCUUUUUGGUUGUAUGGACAGUGCCAUUUUAACCGUGAUGGCGUAUGAUCGCUUUGUGGCCAUCUGUCACCCCUUGCACUACCCCGUCAUCAUGAACCCCCCCCUCUGUGGCUGGCUGCUCCUGGCAUCUGCUUUUUUCAGCCUGCUGGACUCCCAGGCACAUUUUCUGAUGAUGUCACAGCUCACCUUUUGCACCCACGUGGAAAUUCCUCAUUUCUUCUGUGACCUCCCUCAACUUCUCAGGCUGUCCUGUGGGGACACGUCCAUUGAUAACCUAUUAAUGUAUUUUUUCAGUGUGAUCUUUGGUGGGGCACCAGUCUCGGGGAUCCUGUACUCUUACUCCAGAAUCGUGUUCUCUGUUCUGAGAGUCUCCUCCACGGAUGGGAGGUCCAAAGCUUUCUCCACCUGUGGCUCUCACCUGUCCGUUGUUUGCUUAUUUUAUGGGACAGGCAUUGGGGUGUACCUCAGCUCAAUUGUGUCCCAUUCUUCCAGGAAGGGGGCAGUGACUGCAGUGGUGUAUUCAUUGGUGGUCCCCAUGCUAAACCCCUUCAUCUACAGCCUGAGAAACAAAGACAUCAAAAGGGCCUUCCAGAAGCUUCUCAACAGAACAACACAAUCUUAG